AUGGCUUCCUUCUCCGACGACAUGUCCAUCGAGGACAUCAUCGACGAGCUUGAUCUGAACAAAGCCCUUCUCGAAAGCCUCAUCGAAACCCGCCCUGACGAGCUAGAGGAAAGAGAAGAGCUCCAAGCGACAGUGAUGGAUCUCGAAAGAAAGUUGGCUGAGCGUCGAGGGGUGCCAUACAAUCCUCCUGGUACACACCCGUCAGACUCCAGAUCUCGAGGUACAUUUCAAUAUGAUGGGGCAGGAUCGCCUCAAGAGUCAGGAGUCCACAAAGGCCACGACGAUGAUGGUGCCACAUUCUCUUUACCGCAUCGUGAUACCCCUCAGCGCAAGCGCAAUCUUAAUCCCUCUGAUAUUGGCGACUAUUCUGGUUCUCCAGUUUCCAAGCGAGCUCGCUCCCGCCACUCGAGGUCUCCAGCUCUAACUGGCCCCUCCGGUUCCAGCUCGUCGAGACACGAUUACGAACCCCUCAAUGACUACUUUCAAGACGAUGACAUAGACUUCCGGGAGGGACAAUACGAGGCGGAAAAAUGGCUGGAAGAGCGUCGUCUACAGGAACUUAAGGACGAAGAAUUUGCUAGACGUCUUCAAGAAUCGUUUGAAGAGGAGCUCUCGUACGUGCCCUCCAAGCAAGCAGAGCCUUUUCAGCCUUCUCAGCCAGAGCCAUACAACGCAUAUUUCUCCAGCAGUACGAAUCCUGUCAAGCCAGAGUACAGUGCGAAUCCUCUCAAGCCACUGUUGAACACGCAGUCUCCAUUCAUGCAGAAACCAACGGCACCAUCGUCUUCUCGCGAUCAGCCAGCCUUUGGUACGACAGGUUUCGGCCAUCCCUCCUCUUUCCAGUAUCCUUCUAAUGGACCUUCAUUCGGUUUUCCAUCCCAACAACCUCAAUACCCAACACUGGGAGCUCCAUCUGGCUAUCAGGUCAUUGAUAGCAGUGAUGAAGAUGAGGAUUUUGCUGAAAUUGGGGCUGAUGAUUUCUAUGGGAACGGCCGGGUUCCGAUUUUGACUAGCAAGAAGACCAAAACAAGCAUGGGGACCGGUGUUGGUAGAUAUGGCUCAGAAAUGUUGAACCGGAAUUCCGCGCUAGACUACUCGCCCAUCGGUCGCUCUCCUAAGACAUGGAUGCAAAAUAUGAUUGAAAUGCCUGCUGUACCGCCAUGGAUGAACGUUGAGGACGAAACCGUUGACGGCAAGCAGGCAAACCAGGAACUCAAGUCCUUAUUAGAGGGUCUCCGGCCUGAUUUCGAUAUAACCCGAGAGACGACACCUGAACAAUUGAACUUUCCGCUCUUUGAACAUCAGAAGCUAGGGCUGGCGUGGAUGAAAGCCAUGGAGGAAGGCCAAAACAAGGGUGGCAUUCUGGCUGAUGACAUGGGUCUCGGAAAAACCGUGCAGGCUUUGUCGUUGGUCGUCGCUCGACCAUCCACGGAUCCAUCACGAAAGACUACACUGAUCAUUGCGCCUGUAGCCUUGAUGCAGCAAUGGAAACGAGAAAUAGAGAGGCUAAUCAAGCCAGAACACAAACUCAGCGUUUUCAUUCUUCACGGUGAAAAGCGCAAGACUGGUUUCGAUAAGCUGAAACGCUACGAUGUGGUCUUGACUACAUUUGGUAGCAUGGGUACCGAACUAAAGAAGAGGGAGCAGUUCGAUGAUAUGAGGCGAUUCGCACAGAACAAUAACAAUCUGGUUGCAGAAGCCCGCGGUCUUCCACUUCUUGGGCCUGAUAGCACAUGGUACCGUGUUAUUAUUGACGAGGCACAGUGUAUCAAGAAUCGAAACACAAGGGCUGCCCUUGCUUGUUGCUCUCUUAACGCUACUUAUAGAUGGUGUAUGAGUGGCACCCCCAUGAUGAACGGUGUCCAUGAGCUACAUUCACUUCUUCGAUUCUUGAGGAUUGGACCAUACAACAGUUUGUCACUGUUCAGCUCGACUUUUACACGACCUCUGAAAGGCUCAAGCAAAGCAGAUCGAGAAAAGGCUCUGGUACAACUCCGCGUUGUGCUCAAAGCUAUUCUCCUUCGCCGGACGAAAUUCUCCAAGUUAGACGGCAAACCUCUUAUUCAGCUGCCACCACGCACAACUGAAAAAAUUCAUGCAGUCUUUAGUGAGGACGAACAGCAGCUGUACGACUCCUUAGAAAGCAAGACGCAGAUCCAGUUCAACAAGUAUCUCAAGGCGAACUCUAUUGGGAAGAACUAUUCCAGCAUUCUUGUGCUAUUGCUUCGCCUGCGCCAAGCUUGUUGCCACCCUCAUCUGAUCCGAGAUUUGAGCGUGGAUAUCUCCGGCAUUACAGAGCAGGCUGACUUUACUGAGAAUGCGAAGCACUUCAGUCCUGAUGUCGUGCGACGUCUCAGAGAGGAUCCGCCUCUUGAAUGUCCUGUCUGCAUCGAUGCCGUCCAGAAUGCAGUCGUUUUCUUUCCUUGCGGUCACGCUACUUGUGCUGAAUGCUUUGCUAGGAUAUCAGAUCCUGCUCUCGCCGUCCAGCAAGGAGUAGACGGAUCGACCGACGCCAAAUGUCCCAAUUGUCGCGGCAAGGUUGAUCCUAAAAAGGUCACGGAUUAUUCUUCCUUCAGGAAAGUUCAUUUCCCCGAACUAGCCAUUGAUGGCGAAGAGCUUCCAGAAAUUGCUGCUAGUCCGGAAGACUCUGACUCUGAUUCGAAUGACGACAGCGACGAUGAAGACGACGAUGAAGAUGAUGAUGAGGACUCCGACCUUGACGGUUUCAUUGUUCCUGAUAAUUACGACGAAGAUGAUAAUUGUGACGAUGACAACAAGGUCUCAAAGAAGAAGCACGAUGACUCUGACUACAAGCCUAAAUCGAAGAGCAAGCCGAAGCCGAAAGUGUCCAAAGCCAAGGGCAAAGGCAAGAGCAAGGAAAAGAAGAAAAAGACCCUCGCUGUCCUCCGCCGCGAAGGUCAACGCAACGCAUCUGCCAAACGCAAAUACUUCAAACGCCUGGAAAAGAACUGGAUGACAAGCGCCAAGAUCGAAAAGGCCGUCGAAAUUUUGGAAGAAAUCAAGGGUUCUGGAAAAGGCGAAAAGACUAUCAUCUUCAGCCAGUUUACGUCGUUGUUGGAUCUGCUGGAAGUUCCCAUUAAUCGUCGCGGAUGGAAAUAUCGCCGUUAUGAUGGUAGCAUGAAUCCUCGCGAUCGUAAUGAGUCCGUCCUCGAGUUUUCGGAUAAACCAGACUGCGAUAUUAUGCUCGUCUCCUUGAAGGCUGGUAACGCCGGCCUCAAUCUAGUCGCGGCUUCGCAAGUUAUCAUCUUCGAUCCCUUUUGGAAUCCCUACAUUGAAGAGCAAGCCAUCGAUCGCGCGCAUCGACUCGGCCAAAUCCGUCCCGUGCAGGUGCACAGGAUCCUAGUUGAGAAUACGGUCGAAGAUCGCAUACUAGAGUUGCAGGAUAAGAAGAGGGAGGUCAUUGAGGGCGCGCUAGAUGAGCAUGCGGCGAGUCAGAUUAGUAGAUUGGGGGUUAGAGAGCUGAAGUUUCUUUUCAAUGUGCAAUAG